CUUCACAAUCGUGCCGGAUUUCCCAGUCUGGUAGGAUUCUUACAUAUCGAUCACAUCCCUCGACUAGAAACGCGAUUGACAGCACAUCGUCUGUUCUUUCCCCGGUCAUCCUAGCAGGCACCAUGAAGCGGUUCGCGUUUGAGAACAUCGACCCCAACCAUCCGUCGCAGCGCGGGUCGGAGAGGGAGUCGUCGUCGAAGAUCCCGGCGCCCACCACGGCGUCGAAGUUGCUGCCGCCGAGCCAUCUCAUGACGCCUUGCACGCCGCGCCUCAGCUUCGCCUUCGCGCACCCGCCCGACACCCUCUCCAAGCCAGGGCCCAGCGGCCCGCCUCGCCGCCUCUCACUCAUGCCGCCCGCAUCGUCGACCCGCUCUUCCAUGUGCCCCGCCCCGCCCGUGGGCCGGCAGAGCCUGGCGGGCGGCAAGGGCGCCAUCGGGUCGAAGGCGGACCCGCGGCCGAUCAGCAGCAAGGCGUACCAGGCUCGGUGCGCGGAGUCGGUUCUCGAGUACCUCCUGGCGGCGGGGUUCGACCGCAGCGUGAACCGCAAGGUGCUGGCCAUGCCGAGCAGCAAGGACUUCUUCCGCAUGGCGGAGUUCCUCCUCGCCCGCAUCGACCCGCGCUUCAAGCUGGGCGCGAAGCCCGACGACGACCUGGUGGCAGCGCUCAAGUGGGUGGGGUACCCGUUCAGCAUCAGCAAGAACGCGCUGCACUCCGUCGGCACGCCGCACACGUGGCCGCCGCUGCUCGCCAUGCUGCACUGGCUCGUGCAGCUCCUCAACUACCACGCCGCCACCACCACCGCCGCCGCUGCCGGCAGAGUCGACGACGCGCACUCCGCGCCAUCAGCAUCCGCAUCCGCACCGGGGGGGGCGGUGAAUCCGAUACGGCGGAUGUUCGCGGAGCAGGUGCGCGCGGGGUACCGCGUGUUCAUGAGCGAGGAGGACGACGCGGCGGCGGAGGCGGGCAGCCACGCGGCGAUGGAGGAGUUCGUGCGACGCAGCGACGCCGUGCUGGACGACGUGCGACGCAGAAUCGCGCAGAAGCAAGAGAGGGUGCAGCGCCUGCAGGAGCAAGUGCGGCAGGCGAAGGGCCCGUCGCGGCUGGAGGCGGUGGUGGCGCGGCGGGCGGCGGUGGUGAAGGAGGUGGGGGACGCGGAAAGGAGAGCGGCGCAGGCCAGGGCGGAGCGCAAGGAGCUGGAGGCAGCGCUGGCGGAGAAGCGCGCGGAGCUGGAGGAGCGGCGGCGCGCGGCGGCGGCGAAGAAGGCGGAGAACGCGCGGCUGCGGGCGGCGGUGGAGGCGCAGGGGGUGACGGCGACGGAGGUGGAGCGCAUGAUGACGCUCAAGACGCAGCGCGAGGAGGCACGGCGGGCGGUGAUGGCGGCGCGCAAGGAGGCGGAGAAGGAGGCGUGGGCCGCGGAGGUGGAGGUGGCGCGGCUGGUGGCGCAGGUGGAGGCAGGCGCGCACGAGUUCAACGCGCUCGCCGCCAGGCGCAUGCUCGUGCCCGAGACAGCCAAGCGCGCGCACGGCAUGCAGUACGACGUGAGCGUGAACCCGCGCGCAGACACGUGGGCGGACAUGCUGGGCGACCGCCACCCGAAGGCGGACAUCCGCGCAGGGCUGGCGGGCGUGCGGCGCGCGUACGAGGAGAAGCGCGCGCUGCGGGAGAGGCAGGUGGCGGAGGCGGAGGCGCAGGUGGAGCAGGCGCAGAGCGAGGCCAAGGACGCACGCGCGGCAGCGCAGCACCUGGAGAAGAUGCGCACGCUGAUGGAGCAGGACGAGAGGGAGGAGAUCCUGAUGCGGCAGAAGCACAUGGAGGCCAUGGUGGUGAAAGUGAGCGAGAAUGAGAGGCGCGUGCGGCAGGUGGAGCAGGGGCGCAGCGAUGAGAUCUCCCACCUGGAGCACCACCUCAAGGUGGCAGUGGCAGAGAGCCGUGCAGAGCGACGCAGAGAGGUGGAGGAGAUGGCGCAGGCGCUGCAGCGAGUGACACGAGUGGAUGGCCUGCUGCAGGUGCAUGAGGACUCGCUCAGCCACACUGUGGCAGUAGUUGAAGAGAGCUGCAACAGGGAGACACUCCAACCAUUGCCAGAAUAGGAGCACUUCUACAACCAGCUGCUUCUGUUCUUCUGUACUGGGCUGAUUUUCUGCUGCUUCUUUGCUGUUACCGGAGCUCCUCUUUUUGAGUUCACAUGAUGUACCCGUAGUCCCCCGGAUAUAGGCGCAGCCAUUUAUUAA